AUGUUUAAAGUGAGUCCGCUCAUUAAACAAAGUUCCAUGGCUUUAGAGGCUGGCGUCCACCGGUUACUGGACUUACUGGGACAUUCAUUAAUUAAAAGAGAGGCGCUGGGAAGUGAGAAGUUUUAUAAACAAUCGACUAAGAAGCGACUCGGACAGAGGGGUGCUGCUACAGCUAACAGCGAAGAUGAAGAUAGGCUAUGGACCAAUGAGAAUUUAAGCUGA